AUGACCUUUUGGGGGCGCGAGGUGCUGGCAGACGUGGUCCGACGAGACACGGAUCCGGCCGCGGCACUUCUACAAGCGGGGACGAACAGGGCCAGAUCUCAAAUCCUGCAGUUUGAGAGGCGCUUUGCGUCUGUGCUGAGCCUCUGGUUUGUGACGCUGCCGGGGGUGGCAGCCCUUGCCUCUGUGCUGGCGCCCUGGGUCCGGUUCCGCGUGGUCUUCGCCGUGUCCGGCCUCGCCCACUUCUGCGCCUCCGGGAUCCUGGUGUACAUCUACCAUCCCUCUGUGGCGCCGGAUCUCUUCGAGAUGAAGGCGAAGCAUCGAGAGGCUGCCAGUAACGAGGAGUUGAAGGGCUUCUUAGAGGUAGCGGGCCUACGGGACCAGUACGGCAAAGUUUUUAAUAACCCUGGUGAGAUCAGCCCAGAUGACUUUAAGGACAUGCUCCAGCGCAUGAACGUCUACCAGGUGCCCAAGCAUACUUUCCAUGACUGUGACGAUGGCCCUCUGAGCAUCGUGGACUUGCCGCUCUAUGACAUGAGUCUCAAUGGUGUGGCAAAGUGUGUCGUGGAUGUGGUCAUGGAUGUAGAUGGCCCUGUGCCCAAGGCUCAAAUGAGGGAGGUCCAACCAAUGAUGUAUGGGAAGGCGCACAUGGUGGAUUGGAAGAACAACGUGAAGUACAUGAAGAAGUAUGUCCACUACAUCUUUGAACACAUGCGAGGCUUUCAAUGCCGAAACCACGUCCUACGGUCGCAGGAGGAAGGGAAGCCAGAAAACGACAAGACCGAGGAUGAGUGGAACUCUGGCUUCGACUUCAUUGAAGAGUUCGGACCACGUGACAAUGUCAAGAACCGUCAGCUUCGCUGGAUCACCAUUCAAACCUCCACCGACAGCUCGCCCAUCUACAAAUGGCCUUCCAUGCUGGUGGAGAAGUGCCUCCGCAAUCUCUCCUCUGAUGGUGUGCUUGCGGCAGUGCACGAAAAGUGGCCUCUCACCCUGUAUGACAUUGACGGGCGGCUUCUCAGCGAAGCUUCGUAUGUGACGCACACCGACUUCAUGAAGAUGCUCGACUCUGCUUGGUACCCCAAGGAGAACAGCGAUGCAAACAUCAUGGCGGUGUUGAAAAGGAAGCCUUUGAAUGAUAAGGUCGACUUCCUGGUAGAAGAGUCGCGGCUGAUCUACGACUAUUACAGGAAGGGUGGCACCGACUUGACUGAUGACUUCGACAAGAAGGUGGAGUGGGAGACCAAAUGGAUUAAGGCUGCCAUGGCCGGCAAGAAAGGCAAGGACUUGCCAGUGCGCUGCUUUGUGAGGUACACUAGCCCUUUCCAGGAAGCCAACGCAGAGAGAGCAAGAAGGGAGCAUCAAGCCGAGGAAAACAUGUACUCUGCUUCCAAGACCAACCUGGACUUGGCUGAGAGUGUGGGAGCCGGAGCAGACCCAGUUCAUCGUCAAGCCCGCCUCCGGCAGGCAACAAGCUCAAGCGCAAAUCCACCUUUUCCUCAUUGUUGGUGA